AUGCUGUUUGAACAUUACAAUCCAGAUAGUAUAAACGAUUGUAGCGACGAAAUUCAUGAACAAAGGUUUUCACCCUUAGGAAUAAAACAAACAUCGAAUCCUUACCCUUCUGUUCCUUCGUUUAUGGAACCUUCACGUCAUCAUUUUCAAUCUAUGAUGUGUUGUAACGAUCCUUGCUGCAAGGAGGCAUGCGAAUAUACAAAUUCAUCAUCUAUUGGAACCGAAGUCAUGCAGUUUUCUUGGAAUGUGGCAAACGAUCCUCAGCUCUCUAAUUCUCUCAUGCCAUUUCCAUCAUCCUCGGAUGAAAGUGCAACAGUUCCGGUUUAUCGGUGGAAUAGUCAUAUUGCCAGUUCGCCUAAUCAUUCCUUGCAGUUACCAACUUCUUUGCAUCAAAUAUCCUCACAAAGUUUGUUUACUCAAACACAAUCUCAUAAGAGGACUGUGCAAGAAGAAUUGUUCACAGAUCUCUCGUUAAAUGAACUUAACAAGCCGUAUGCUCUACCUACAAUUUCCAAUGUUCAACAACCAGCUAGCUCAUUUCGCAAACGUGCUAAGGCAAAUAUUACACCCAAUAACUCUCCGGUCAUGCUGUUGUCUUUGGAGUCUACAGUUGAAUAUGAACAAGACACUUUCAAACAAUUUCAAGCAAAAUAUGAAACUUAUAAAUUUCAACCAAGAAUUGACUUGAAUGAUAUUGUCCCGGAGACACCUGAACCACCUGUAGACCUUAAUGACCCAAGACCCGAUGCACAACCCCGCAGGCAAAAAUUGAAAUAUCCAGGUGAUAUGUACACACCACAAUGGGUAAGGUAUUCUGGUCAUUCCAAGGAAGGAUUUUGUGAUGAUUGUAAACCGGGAAAAUGGCUACAACUGAAAAACAGCGCAUAUUGGUACCAUAAACAAUUUUUUCAUGGAAUUUCUUCUGUAUCUGGUAAAAUGUUUGUUCCACCUGUCGAAACGCGAAAAUUCGACUCUGGUGAUUGUACUGAAGGUUUGUGUCAUCAAUGUGGUCAGUGGGUUCCAAUUGCAACCAGCAAGAAAAAAAAUUCUAUGCUUUGGUUUCGCCAUGCACAUAAAUGUCAUGUUUAUGUUAAACCUAAAAGCUACCCUCCUGGUGGUAAAAGACGAUAA